AUGGAUGAAACUAAGUUGCAUCCCUUCAUACUCACCAUUCUCAUAUCAUUACCUCUUCUAUGGCUCCUUACAAAACGCCUCUAUCAAUCUUCUGCUACCCAAAACCUCCCACCAUCGCCGCGAAAGCUGCCAAUACUCGGAAACCUACAUCAGGUGGGCUUACUUCCCCACCGGAAUCUCCACUCACUAGCUACUAAACACGCCCCCCUCAUGCUUCUUCACUUUGGCUCUAUCCCCGUCUUGAUAGUCUCCACCGCAGAAGCAGCCCAUGCUGUCCUCAAAACUCAUGAUCUAACUUUCUCAAGCAGGCCUCAGCAUUUUAGGGCUGUGAAGAAAUUCAUUCGCGAUGGAAGGAACGUAGGGUUUGCCCCUUAUGGCGAAUACUGGAGGCGGAUGAGGGGCAUUUCUGUCCACCACCUGCUGAGCAGCAAAAGGGUUCAGUCUUUCCGGUUUAUAAGGGAAGAAGAAACUGCUUUUUUUAUGAAGAGGGUUAGAGAGUCUUCUUCGGGGGUUGUUGAUUUGAGUAAGAUGUUUGCGGAGUUCACCAACGAUGUGAUUUGUAGGUCAUGUUUUGGAAGGAAAUAUAGUGACUCGGAGAAUGGGAAGAAGUUUGUGGUGUUGCUGAGAGAAGCUAUGGAGGUGUUGGGAACUGUUUGUGUUGGAGAUUUUGUUCCGUGGCUUGGUUGGGUUAGUGGAGUGAAUGGUUUUGACAAGAAGGUUGAUAAGGUUUCGAAAGAGAUGGAUGAGUUUUUGGAGGGUGUGAUUGUAGAACACAUGGAGUCUUCAAAGAGAAAGGGUGGAAAUGGAGAAAGCUUUGUUGGUAUAUUGCUUGAUCUUCAAAAUGAAAAAGAUGGUGAUGUCUUCAUUGACAGAGAGAGCAUCAAAGCAUUACUUGUGGAUCUACUUGGAGCUGGGACGGAUACCUUAACCACACUACUAAUAUGGACAAUGGCUGAGCUUCUACAACACCCUAUAGUGAUGCAAAAGCUACAAUUAGAAGUGAGAGAAGUUGUCAAUGACAAGCAAGACAUAUCAGAUAAUGACUUGGUAAAAAUGCAUUAUCUGAGAGCUGUGAUAAAAGAAGCAUUGCGGUGCCACCCUCCGGUCCCAUUACUAAUACCUAGAGUAGCAAGCAGCGAUGUGAAGAUAAAUGGAUACAACGUUCCGGCAGGAACAGUGCUAAUGACUAAUGCUUGGGCAAUAGGCAGGGACCCUACAUCUUGGGAUGAACCAGACAAAUUUGAGCCAGCCAGAUUCUUGAACUCUUCGGUAGACUAUAAUGGCCUCGAUUUUGAGUUUAUCCCGUUUGGGGCAGGGAGAAGGGGAUGCCCGGGAAUUGGGUUUUCUGCUGCUAAUGUUGAGUUUGUGUUAGCAAAUCUUGUGUGGAAGUUUGAUUGGGAGGUGCCUGAUGGAGGGAAGAGUGUGGACAUGGCUGAAUCUCCUGCUGCUACACUCCAUAAAGCUGUUCCUCUUCUUGCAGUUGCUAAUGAAUGCUCAUAAUUUGGUGCACUGUUUGCGAAGAAUUUGUACAUUACUACAAGUUUAGACUAUGGGUUUCGCCUUAAAUGAAAAUAAGUAUUGCAAUGCUACAGAUAAGUUGACUAAA